UUCUGAGAGAGUGGUGUAUAGGUCGCGCCUCUUGUAAGAUUACCGAAAAUUGGCACUUCCUAGACUGCGCAGAAUGGAGCAGGUCUCAAAAAUCAAUUGAUAGCUACCAGAUGGUUCCACAUAUUUUAUCAGCUGAUAAUUUUACCUCGUCGGAAAACAUAGCAAGAGCAUUAGUCCGCAUAAAAACACUCCAAGAAGAACCUCUAAAAAACUAUGCCUCUCAAGCUAGACCAAACUCAUACUGCAGAAGAAAAGUCAGAGGGAAAUUUUGGAUUCUACUUCUUGUCACUGGCCAACGCUCUGUGCGGACAAAAUCUGCACAUUCCGCCAAAAAAACUCAAAGUCGGAAUUUUCUGGACGGCCAUACUCGCGGUCCACUCAGCAAUCAUCGCCCUCGUUGUAAUUUUUUACGCCAUCUCCACGAUUGCGACUUUCGCCAAACACAGAGACGAUUUCGGCCAAGCGCUGUUCACGGCAGCCGGAUUUCUCGGCAUGCUUGAAUGUCUCAUUCGCAUCGUUUACACGACCGUGCGAAAAAAGAAAAUGGAAUCGAUCGCCAAAAGAGUUUACGCCGCACUAAAUCACCCAGGUUUCCAGGCGGGAGCCAGAAAAUUUUCCACAAAUCUUUCAAGGGGCAUAACGAUUUUAAUAACAAUCCUCUUCACAUCUUUCAUCAUUUCGAUCGGAGCGAAUUAUUUAUCAACUUUCGGACAAUUGGACAAUUAUUUGGAAAAAUCGGCAGUGAACAGUUCGAAGGAAGUGGUGGACAAAUUACUGACCUCAGGCCAGGUGCCCUUGGAGGUGAUCGAAUCUUGGUCCUACAUCUGCGCAUUUUUCCAAUUCUGGCCGCCGAUUCGCGUUCUCAAACUUUACGCUGGAUUUCUGCAUGUGAUCAAUUUCCUGGCCAUUGGACGAAUAAUCGUUUCGGACACUCUGUUUUACGCUUGGUACAUUAUAAUCAUCAACCGGUACCACACCCUGGCCAAAAGUUUGUCGAAAGCUUUGGACAGAGAUGGAGGCGAAGAGCAAUUGACGGAGUGGCUCAAUUUCCACCAAAAUAUCAAUGACUUGUUGAAAGAAAUCAACGCUUUGGCAGCGCCGGGAAUAGUCGCAGCAGUUAUUUGCACGGGACUUCAACUUUGCAUAAUAUCUUUUGUUAUAGUUAAACUACAGCAUGGAACGACAAUCUGCUCGUUUCUGAUGUUUGGAAUCGGCUCUGUGUACCAAGUUUACGUUUACAGCCUGCUCGGACAAAAAAUCAAGGACAAGGUCACCAAGGUGCAUUCGGAGGUUUACAAGGGGCCGUGGAUAGAAAACGACUCAAUGAAGCAACACGCGGCUCUCAUCAUUUGCACCGCCUCGAGCGACAGAGUUGGUCACUGCCUUCCUGGAGCUCCGUUUUUUUCGAUGUCCCUUGAAUUUUUCGCUUCGAUGGUGAGCGUGGUUUUCACGUACUUCAUGGUGCUGAUUCAAUUGAAUAAAAAUUAAAAAAUAAAUUUUUUUGUCAAGACAAUUUUAAUAAAAAUAAUAAUCUAAAAUUAGACUUCAUGAAAAGGAUUUUUUUUAAUUCAAACAA